AUAAUAGACUGAAUCUAAAGUAGGGAGAGAAAAUGAAGGAGAGCGAUGACAGUUGGAUAACGGCCUUCAUAUUUGCAGUUCUUCACUCCCUCCAAUUGACUCGGACGCACUCUCACUCCCACCAAAUUAUUCCACAACACCAACAAAACUAAACCCCUUCAAUCCUCACAUUUCUUCAUUUUCACUUUCCAUUUUACUUUUACUGUUCCUCCUCCACCUCCACUCAUGGCGUACAUGAGGCUUGGCUCCAAAUCUGAAGCCUUUCAUCGCGACGGCCAGACUUGGCAGUGCACUUCUGGCCUACAGAGCGAUGUAACAGUUGAGAUUGGAGAAAUGUCCUUUCAUCUUCACAAGUUUCCUUUGCUGUCAAGAAGUGGAAUGCUGGAGAAGCUUAUUUCGGAGCUGAGUAAUGCUGAUGGAUCGCCUUGUGUUUUGCAACUGAGUCAGCUUCCCGGUGGAGCUAAAUCAUUUGAGCUAGUUGCAAAAUUCUGCUAUGGUGUCAAAAUCGAGCUCACAUCUAUGAAUGUGGUUAGUCUUAGAUGUGCAGCAGAGUACCUCCAGAUGAGUGAAGAGUAUGGAGAGGGGAAUCUGAUUGCACAAACCGAGGCUUUCCUCACCGAAGUUUUUGGCAAUUGGACUGACACAAUCAAAGCUCUUGAAACCUGUGAGGAGGUUCUGGUGCACGCGGAGGAGCUCCACAUUGUGUCGAGAUGCAUACAUUCCUUGGCAGUGAAGGCCUGCGCGGAUCCCAAUUUGUUUGGCUGGCCUGUAGCAGGGUGCAACGAGACAGGGAGGACUUCAGGGGCGGGGUUUUGGAACGGGAUAUGCACUGGUUCAAAGACACUGUCGAUAACUGAUGAUUGGUGGUAUGAGGAUGUGUCGUUCCUCAGUCUGCCUCUGUAUAAGCGGCUGAUCCAAGCUGUGGAGGCAGGCGGGAUGAGGGCUGAGAAUGUGGCGGGGGCAUUAGUGUUCUAUGCCAAGAAGUAUAUACCACAGAUGAAUAGGCAGUCCAGCUUCAAGAAUUUGAAGACUGGUUCGACUAUCUCCAUCCCUUCUGAGGCGGACCAAGGCUCGCUCCUUGAGGAGCUAGUGGAGUUGCUGCCUUACAAGAAAGGGGUUGUGCAUACGAGGUUCCUUCUCAGGCUGCUACGAACUGCUAUGGUGUUGCAGGCGAGUCAGCCGUGCAGGGAAAAUCUGGAGAGGCGAAUUGGGUUGCAGUUGGAUCAAUCUGCAUUGGAGGACCUGUUGAUACCAAACAUUGGAUAUUCUGUGGAAACGUUGUAUGAUAUCGACUGUUUUCAGAGGAUUCUGGACCAUUUCAUGUCGAUAGAGCAGGCUUCAGCUGCUGUUUCUCCGUGCAUUAUUAUGGAAGAAAGUCAGAUAGCAGAUGGGACGAAUUCAUUAACAUCGUUAACCAUGGUUGCUAAUCUUGUAGAUGCUUAUCUUGCUGAAGUUGCGCCGGAUAUUAAUUUGAAGUUUCCAAAGUUCCAGUCUCUGGCUGCUGCAAUUCCUGACUAUGCCAGGCCAAUUGCCGAUGGAAUUUAUCGUGCUAUCGAUAUAUAUCUGAAGGCGCAUCCUUGGCUGACAGAUGCUGAUAGGGAGCAAAUCUGUCGACUGAUGAACUGUCAAAAGCUUUCAUUGGAGGCGAGCACUCAUGCUGCCCAAAAUGAGAGGCUGCCUCUGAGAGUGAUUGUGCAAGUCUUAUUCUUCGAGCAGCUGCGGCUGCGCACAUCAAUCUCCGGCUGGCUCUUUGUUUCGGACAACCUAGACAGCUCCCAGGAUCCGAGCUCAGUCCUUCCAACAUCCAAGUGGCGCCAUAGGGAAGCAUCGGAUAUAGACGAAGUGAGGGAACGCGUUAGUGAGCUGGAGAAGGAGUGCCAGACCAUGAGAGAGGAGUUCAAGAAGAUUAAAACAAAGAGGAGUUGGAAUAUAUUUUGCAGGAGGAAAACACAUCAAGACUGCAAUGUUAAGGCUCAGAAAGCAUGCAGCAAUGAGAAAAAGCGUCACCAAAAGGGGGGAUUGGGAAUUUGAUUGGGUAACAGUGGAAUGAUGAUUCAUGGCAAAUAUAGAUUCAGUUUUGUGCUGUGUAACUCUACCUUUGAUUUGUUUAGUAUAGUGAAGGCAGCCAUAACUUCAAAA